ACAGCACCUUCGAGGGCUCAACUCUUCACCUAUACUUCAAUAUCAGCGAUAAAUUGGAAUAAGUCUCACCAGGAGGGUAUAAAGAUGCUGUACAUAGCAUCUGCUCUCACCCCGACCCCGAUCUUGGGUAGUCUCCGUACAACAUCGCUUACUGAUAAUCACACAUCUCUCGUUGUCGCCAAACCGAAUAAAAUUGAAGCAUGGGACGUAACAGAAAAUGGUCUGGUAUGGAGGUCGGAAAUAGAGGUCUGGGGUACGGUAGUAGGAAUUGACCAAGUCUCAAUCGAGGAUUCCCGGCCUCAUGUCUUAAUUUUGCUUGCACCUCCCCAAGCUCAUCUCCUAUUGGUAACCUUUGACAUCACUACCGGCAAGCUCAUAAUUACAUCCUCCACAUCUCUUACACCACCAACUCCGACGCUUAGGCAAGCAGAAUUCUUCACAGGGGUUGUGGCCCAGGAACGAGUUGCACUCGUCAGCUUGUGGAUAGGUGUGCUGUCAUGUCUUGAGAUAGAGCUUGAUAAGGGUUCAAGCGGUAAGAAAAAAAGAAGCAGUACAAUACCGACCCCCGAAGGCGAAACAAGAUUAAAAAUUAAGGACAAUUUCAACAUCAAUAUCCGAGAGCAUAACCUUUUGCAUCUGAGUUUCCUUCCAGCCACCCUAAACGGACCUGUAGUAACUCUCGUUUGGUUGUCUGCGAGCAAUGAGCUUCGCUUGCAAGCUCGUUCCCUUUCCCUCUCUGCUCAUUCAUUCAAUCCACUCUCAAAAUCGGUAGAUCUGGUAUCCCCUACAAGCCGACAGUCCAUAUCCGAAGACUCGGACUUUAACGCAGUGCCAUUCUCUUGCCCCGCCGCCAGGCGUGUCGUCCCCAUACCUUCCGAAUUGCCCAACGGGCAGCGAACACUUCUGGUAAUUGGCGACGAGCAUUCGGUUCUUUAUACUCUCGGCGAAAAUAGCCCUCAGUCACCAAAGGCCGUGCGACGCAUGUCUGCUGUCUCCGUCCCAGCCUCUUCUCCUCGCGCAAACGCUCGUCGAAGCCCUCAGACAGAGUUGAGCAGUGGCAACGCCAAACGCCGAAAAUCCAGCAUGGGUACCAAAACUGUGGAUAAUCAGAACGAAGAAUUGCAAUGGGAUCUUCGCCCUGUAUGGAGAAGCCGGCAAGGUUUCGGAACUGUAAUAGCUGCGACCGUGAUCGAAGAUCAUGGAAGUGGGGCGAGCGUGGUAAUUGGAGAUGAGUAUGGAGCUUUUACAGCGUUCGGAUGGGAGUUUGAGAAGGGUUUGGGGGCUGGAACCGACGGAAGAGUAAGAGUAUUGAGAACUUAUCUUGGUGCAUCUUCCCCACCCUCCUCUAUAACUUACCUCGACUCUUCACAUUUAUUUGUAUCGUCCGCCGUAGCAGACUCUGUCCUCCUUCGCCUCCCAAAGGUGGAAUCCUCGUCAAGCGUUUCGUCAGGCAAGGGUAAAGGCCGUGCAGUAACUAGUCCUAUCGGAGAUCAAGCGGAUAAGUGGGAAGUUUUGUAUGAGAUUGGGAAAGACAGAAACGAUACAGAUGGGGGCCCAGAGAUACUUGAAAGGUGGAUGAAUAUCGCCCCUGUGAAAGAUUUAUGUGUUGUGAAAGACGAGGGUGGAAAUCUGUCACACCUAGUUUUGGCUUCUGGUGCCUCCGAAAGUAAUUCCCUACGAGUCGUCCGUAGCGGCGUUGGUCUUGAAGAACUCGUUACCAUUCAAGGCCUUCAUGACGUUCAGAAGAUGUGGCCGUUGACGGAUUCUACUGCAAUUCCGCGUCUACUUCUUUCCACUUCUACUUCCACAAUACUCCUUCAACUCCAGCCGGAGAUCUCGGCCAUCCCCAUUACCGACGUAAUCUUCAACUCGGAAACUUUGGCUGCUGGAAUCCUGCCUGGCGCCGAGCUUUUGGCUCAGGUCACUCCGCGUGGUCUUUCCUUAUGGUCUGACUUGAGUGUUGGCCAGCUUGAAGCACAAGUGGAGGUUGAUAAGGAGACGGAGAUAGUUUGUGCACAAGUGACUGCAGAUUGGGCUGUCGUGGCUAAGAAGGGAGGAAGCCUUGUAGUUUUCCAUGUGUCAAACACAGGCUUCAGUCCUCAAGGGACUAUUGACGUGAAAGAAGAAGUGUCAGCUGUUGCCAUUUCCAGCAGCUCCGGUUCUUCAUCUCCCAUCAUCGUCAUAUCUACAUGGAUGGCCAAGACUUUUGUAUAUACGCUCUCUCAGAUUUCCAAUGGGGUGGAUGGUCUAUCUAUCCAAAGCGAAUCAUCUGCCACUUCUCUUCAACUACGUUCGCACCCAUUCUAUCCGGCGGGUAUACAACUUCUUUCAGGUUUGGACAACGGGUUGCUUCAUAUUUACGAUCUAAACACCAGUGACAGCGGCGAAGCAGAAGGAUUGAUGGUCAAAUCUUCGAAAACCACCUCCUUGGGACUGCGGCCAUUGGUUCUACACCCUUGUGAAAGCACUCACGGAGACGAGAAGGUUAUUAGUGUUGGCUUGACAGAGAGGAUGAGUGUAAUCUUUGAGUCGAAAGAUAGAAUUGAGUUUUCUUCUGUCAAUAUAAAGAAUGUCAUGGCCGCUACUUCGGUGGAUACUUCAUCAGGUCCAGUUUUUGCUCUCUUCUCCCGCACUUCAGGACUGUCCUUGGUGAAAGUCAAUUCUUUGAAGAAGCUCCAUGUACAAACAUGCGAUACUGGCAAUGAAUCCAUCUCCAAGCUGACCUAUAUGGACGAGUACAAGGCUAUCGCAUGUGGGUCGACAAGAAGGACUCAACUCAGAGAUGGCGAUGUGGAGGAAGAAAACUUUGUGCAAAUCCGAGAUGGAACAAGUCUUGAACCACUAUCGAGUUUCUCCCUCCGAGGACGCGAGCUAGUCACAUCCCUCCGAUCUGUAUUCCUCACCGGUCGCAUUUAUCUCGCUGUCGGCACAGCAUUUUUACCUGCAGAUGAUGGCGAAGAUUCAUCCUGGGAUGAAGGUAACCUUGCCGUAGUCAGAGAGGGUAGGGUUUUGCUCCUCGAAUUCAAAGAAGGUGAUGCAGGAGGCGGGUGGGAUAUCAAAAUCAAAGCAGAACUAGCUACGGUGGGUGCUGUUUAUGCCCUAGAGGAGAUCCAUGGUUUCUUGGCUGUUGCAGCGGGGAGCAAGCUUACAAUCCACCGCCUGGAUCAUAACCCCGUUGAACUGGAAGAAACAUCCUCUUGGGCUUCUGCCUACGUCAUUUCCUCACUUUCUGUCUUACCACCUAGUCACAUCCGCCCAGAGGGCGCUCUCAUCGUAGGCGACGGCAUGCGUAGCGUUAUCGUGCUUAAUGUCGACGAGGGUGAUGGUAUGAUCUAUGAUGACGAAAGGAACAUGGCUACACAUGGUGUGACAGCCUUGGGUUUGUUGAAAGAUAAGGGAGAUGGCGUUGUCAUCAGCGAUGCAUAUUCGAAUCUCCUGACAUAUAGGCUGAAUCAGAAGCUUGAAAGGGCGGCGACCUUCGGGCUGCAUGAGGAAGUCACUCGUUUCCAAAGUGGCUCCCUUGUCCCGACAACCACCGCUCCUGAAAUCAUCAUUCCCGAUGUCCUAUUCGCUACUCGUGAGGGCCGUCUCGGUAUCAUCGGCGAGCUUGGUACCAGGUCUUCGAGAACCCUGGACGAUCUCCAGCGUAAUAUGAGCAAAAUUUGGAAAGGUCCAGGAGAGGUCGGGUGGAGUAACUGGAGGAGAGCGGGGUCUAAUCUUGUGGGCAAAGAUACUGCAGGAUUUGUUGACGGAGACUUUGUGCAAAAGUUCCUCGACACGGAAUUCUUUGAUGACGAGCGCGCACAGGAAAUCAUUCAAGGAACAUCGUCCCACGAACAUGUCAGAUUAGGAAAGGAAGAGGCAUCGCGAGCCGACGUUGUACGCUUUUUGGAGGCUACCGCUGGUAUGCACUAGGCGAGACGUGUGGAGACGAAAAGGUUGUAAUGUGUUUUUAGAAGGGAUUACCAUAAAUCAUUAUCUAUGUAUUGCUCGUUAAACG